CUUUACGCAACCCAACUAAACAACAACUUCUGAUACGCAACCCAUCGAAAACAAUAUAAAAAACCUUUUUGAAUCAAUCAAAAUUCAAACUAAUCUAUAAUUUUCAUAACAAAAAAAAAAUAUGGGGCUGUUAGAUCUGGAAAAGCACUUUGCGUUCUAUGGCUCUUAUCACAGCAACCCAAUUAACAUCAUAAUUCACAUAAUCUUUGUUUGGCCUAUCCUCUUCACCACUCUUAUUCUCCUUUACUUUACCCCUCCUAUUUUCUCUCCUUCCCAAACACUCCUUAAUCUUAUUCCCCAUGUCUUGAUUUUCAACAUCGGUUUCUUCUUUACCGUUUUCUAUUCUCUCUUCUACGUUGCUUUGGAUUUUAAAGCUGGUUCCUUCGUCGCUGUUCUUACUUUUCUUUGUUGGGUUUCUUCGAGUUUCGUCGCUGAUUCCAUCGGCUUCGAACUCGCUUGGAAGAUUGUGUUGGCUGCUCAAUUGUUUUGUUGGACAGGACAGUUUAUUGGCCAUGGUGUAUUUGAGAAACGUGCACCAGCUCUAUUGGACAAUCUUGCUCAAGCAUUUCUAAUGGCUCCUUUCUUUGUUGUUCUUGAGAUCCUUCAAACAACAAUUGGAUAUGAACCAUAUCCUGGAUUUGAGGCAAAUGUGAAAGCAAGGAUAGAUGCUAAUAUCAAAGAAUGGAAGGACAAGCAGCAAAAGAAAAUUUCUUAGUUUAAAAAAUUUGUUUACAAAUGUUGUUGUUACAGAUCAUUCACCUCAGAAGGCUAGGUAAGAUUAAUGUUGUUUAUGUAUGUGGGCAUAUUGUUGGAAAUUGUUGGUAUAUAUAUGUUGGAAUGAGAUUACCGAUUUGUUGUGUUA